GAAAUUUGCACACAUCUCAAGUAUGUUGUAGUGUCGAGUGGAAAAAGGUAUUUUCUGUAUAUAACAUGCGGUGUCAUCGAAUAUCGUAAACAAAGUCUAGCUUUACAUUGAUAAAGAAACAAUACAUUCGGAAGUAAAAUAAUAAAUAAAAAUUGACACUAAAAUGGGCUGCAAAUGUUGUUCACAAAACUGUACCUGCAAGGAUCAAUCUUGCGGUCAAGGAUGUCAAUGUGCUAAAGACUGUAAAUGUCCAUGUACUGUACCUGCACUGAUCAAUCAUGUGGCCAAGGAUGCUCAUGCACAAAAGACUGCAAAUGUCAUUGCGUCUCUGGAAGUAAGGCUGAUUGCUGCAAGAACUGUGGACAUUAAAAAUUUGGAUUUGUGAAUUCCUUUACGACGAUUUAAAUGCAAAUGUAUUUAAUUUAUUAUUCCACUUAAUUGCAAUUUAAUAAAUUUGGGAAUUUUAUAAAAUAAA